GUCCAAAGUACGGGUACUGUUGCAAUCUUGACUACAUCCCAUCAUAACCCUCAAGUUCAAGAAAUGAAUCGCAUAUUUGGAUCCUCGGCAAGUAAGAAACCAAAACCAACGUUGCAAGAUGCCAUCUCCUCGACCGAUGUUCGGAUAGCAUCUAUCGAGGUAAAGAUCAAGAAAUUAGAUGGCGAGUUAGCGCGAUACAAGGAACAAAUGAGCAAACUCCGCAACGGACCUGGCAAAAAUGCUAUCCAGCAACGUGCCCUUCGGACGUUGCAGCAGAAACGCAUGUAUGAGGGGCAGCUGAAUCAGCUCGCUCAGCAAAGUUUCAACAUGGAGUCAGCAGCGAUCGCCACAGAGAACCUACGGAACACCAUGGCUACAGUUGAUGCAAUGAAAUCUGCCAAUAAGGAACUGCAAAAACAAUAUGGAAAGAUAGACAUCAACAAAAUCGAGAAUAUACAAUAUGAAAUGGAAGACUUAUUGGAGCAGGCGAAUGAAGUCCAAGAGUCCUUGGGCAGAUCGUAUGCUGUUCCAGAUGAGCUAGAUGAAGCUGACCUGGAAGCUGAACUGGAUGCCCUGGCACUUGAAGAUGAGGAAGAGAGCACGUCAUAUUUGGCAGACCUCAAUAAAACUCCUGACUUUAUUGACGAGCCCCCAGUAGAGUUGAGUGAGCCAUCUGCCAAAGAAGCUAUCAAAACUACUGCUUAGAAUUCAGCUAUGAUUUGGAUAUUUCUUUGGACAUUCGGAUGCUUGUAGUGUUAGCUGUGUUGUAUGCAUGUAACUUGUACUCUCAAAACAUUAAUUCAUCAUUCAGGUUAUUCACAUU